GAUGGCCAGGCGGUGGUCAGAGGGCCACGCCACGUCUGUCCUGUGUGUCGGUGCAUCUUCAGGUCCAGAUGGUCUCCUGGCUUCAGGUGCUGAGGGUGGAGAGCUGACGGUGUGGGGUCAGGAUGGCUCCGUCGUAGGCCGUCACCUUCUCCCUGGAGGAGAGGACGUCACCGGCGUGGCGUUCACACCUGCAGGUCCGACCCAGCUGUUUGUGUCACACGGAGACGCAGUGAGCGUGCUUGACCCCAGGAACCUGAAGGGCCCGGUGGAGGAUUUUCAGGGUGCCGGGGAGGAGGAGAUUAACGCUUUAGCGCUGAACGAGACCGGCUCAGCCCUGGCAGUGGCUGACGACUCCGGGGCCAUGCGGAUACUCGAGAUUCCUGGUGGGAAAGUGUGCAGGACGCUGCGCAGACACACCAACAUCUGCUCCUCCGUGGCGUUCCGGCCCCACAGACCCAACAACGUUGUGUCUGUUGGACUGGACAUGCAGGUGAUGCUGUGGAGUCUGCAGAAAACCUGCCCAUUGUGGACUGUCAACCUCCAGGAUGCGACAGAAGAAGAAACCCAUGAGCAACGCCCAGGCCAGCUUUUCAACCCGCCUCUGGCCCACUGUGCCUCUGUGUCCAGCUGUGGAAACAUAUUAGGCUGUGCAGCAGAGGACGGACGGGUGCACCUGAUGCGGAUCGGCAGCGGCUCCAAACUGGAACAACAUGGAGUCGUCAAGGCGCACAGUCAGGGGGCCUCACAAGCCCAUUUCAUUAGUUUCCUUCCCCACCCCUACUGGCUGGUCUCAGGAGGAAACGACAGCCACGUGGCUCUGUGGGACCUCAGUAAGCACCCCGUGGUGGCUCCGGAGGGCAAAAUCCAGGCGCCUCAGCAUCGAAAAGGGAAGAGCAAAGGGAAGAGAAAAGAGCAGGAUAAAUCAAAGGAGAAAGAAGAGACUGCGGAGGAAGAGGAAGCAGCUGUCGAGGACAAAUCUGGACCCAAACUGAGCAUCAAUCAUGGAGACAAGGUGAACUGGUUGUGUCCCGUGGUGCUGAAAGGAGAACAGAGUGUGGUAGUUGCAGAUCAGAGCACCAGUUUAACCAUCUACCCUCUGCCUCAAACAUGAAUGCACCAUUUUCUUUGGACUUGUUUUGAGCAACUUUUCUCUGAGCCUGAAACUCUUCAGUGUGUUGUUUGAGAUGGACUCGCCCCGAUUAAAAUCCACUGGUUUUACAGAAAGACAAGCAUCUCGUGAAUGUGAUCCGUCUUGAGAAUUCACACUAUAUUUAACCCAAAAAGACUCAACCAUUUUGCAUGUGUGGUCUUUUUAAAGUGACAUCUUUUGAAAUCAACUUUUGGUCCGACGCUAGAUUAAUUACAUGCGUCUGAACGGUUUUGUAGUCUGUAAAAACGACCACAUCUGACAAAAGAAACAUGCUUUUAAUGUUCAACUGAGUCUACAGCCCUU